ACCAAUCUAGUUUCUUCCUCUAGUCACCCUCGGUGUCUCGCGCCCGGCGAUCACCUUCCCAGGGUUCUUUGCGCUGUGAAGAAGCGGCUUUAGUGGGCUGGGGGCAUUUUGUGUCGGCUGUAGCCAGAGGAACAAGAUGGCCGCCUCGGCCGAGUGACCGUGGUUCUAGCGGGCGGGACCUGGCGGCGGCUCUGGCAGCAGGUGGGCUACGCCCACUUACUGCGCCUUCUUUGGUUCAGGACAUUUCCCUGAACCCGCAAGGGACCUUCUAACGGGGGCGGGGGGCACCCGGGGGAAGCUGCCCGGCCUGGAACCACAACCCUCCCGGGAGCCUGAGGAGGGAGAAGCCGGAACUCCGCGCGGCGGCGGCGGCAGCAGCAACAAGACUCCUUCGGGACGCCUCAGGACAUCUUAAUCCGGGGAAACAGCCUCUUUUCUUUAUUUUUUGGGGAAAAAUUUAUUGAGUGCCACCAUCUCCGGUCCCUGGAAGCUCGGGCCUGGUGGGUGAGACCCGCCUGAUCCCCGUCCCCUCCCCCUUGGCCCCGGGACUCCCAGGUCCCCGUCCCCCCUUCCCGCCGCCAGGAUGGCGAGCAGCAGCGGCUCCAAGGCCGAAUUCAUUGUCGGAGGGAAAUAUAAACUGGUGCGGAAGAUCGGGUCCGGCUCCUUCGGGGACAUCUAUCUGGCCAUCAACAUCACCAACGGAGAGGAAGUGGCAGUGAAGCUAGAGUCUCAGAAGGCCAGGCAUCCCCAGUUGCUGUACGAGAGCAAACUCUAUAAGAUUCUUCAAGGUGGGGUUGGCAUUCCCCACAUACGGUGGUAUGGUCAAGAAAAAGACUAUAAUGUUCUAGUCAUGGAUCUUCUUGGACCGAGUCUUGAAGACCUCUUCAAUUUCUGUUCCCGCAGAUUCACAAUGAAAACAGUACUUAUGUUAGCUGACCAGAUGAUCAGUAGAAUUGAAUUUGUGCAUACAAAGAAUUUUAUACACAGAGACAUUAAACCAGAUAAUUUCCUAAUGGGUAUUGGGCGUCACUGUAAUAAGUGUUUAGAAUCUCCAGUGGGGAAGAGGAAAAGAAGCAUGACUGUUAGUACUUCUCAGGACCCAUCUUUCUCAGGAUUAAACCAGUUAUUCCUUAUUGACUUUGGUUUGGCCAAAAAGUACAGAGACAACAGAACAAGACAACAUAUACCAUACAGAGAAGAUAAAAAUCUCACUGGCACUGCCCGUUAUGCCAGCAUCAAUGCACACCUUGGCAUUGAGCAGAGUCGUCGUGAUGAUAUGGAGUCUCUAGGAUAUGUGUUGAUGUAUUUUAAUAGGACCAGCCUGCCCUGGCAAGGAUUAAAGGCUGCAACGAAGAAACAAAAAUAUGAAAAGAUUAGUGAAAAGAAAAUGUCCACUCCUGUUGAAGUUUUAUGUAAGGGGUUUCCAGCAGAAUUUGCCAUGUAUCUAAACUAUUGUCGUGGACUACGCUUUGAAGAAGCACCAGAUUAUAUGUAUCUGAGGCAACUAUUUCGUAUUCUUUUCAGGACUCUGAACCACCAGUAUGACUACACUUUUGAUUGGACAAUGUUAAAGCAGAAAGCAGCCCAGCAGGCAGCCUCUUCCAGUGGGCAGGGUCAGCAGGCCCAAACCCCCACAGGCAAGCAAACUGACAAAACCAAGAGUAACAUGAAAGGUUUCUAAACAUGAAGAGGAACAGAUGAAGCACAGCAGAUGAUCAGAGCAGGACUUGUUACUCCCCAAAUCUAGAAAUUUUAGUUCAUAUGUACACGUACCAGUGGUUGUGGGCAACCAUUUACUUGGUGUAAAGAACUUAAUUUCAGUAUAAACUGGCUCUGGUCAGCGUUGGUGAUGCUGCAUCCUGAGUUAUAGCCGCUGUAAUUGUGAAUAUUAACUGAGAUAGUGAAACAUGGUGUCCAGUUUUCUAUUGCAUUUUUUCAAGUGGAAAAGUUAACUAAAUGGUUGACACACAAGUGGUGGAGAAAUUGUGCAUAUGCCAAUUUUUUGAUACCUUUUAUUUUGAACUACACUGCUUUGAGAUCUCUUUUCAGAAGAAACGGCAUGAACAGUUUUCAACUGCAGUUGUGAUAAUUGUAAAUGUUCACAAUUGUGCACUCUUAGGAUUUUUUCCCCUUCCUAGGGUUUGAAAGUUGUAAACUUACACAUUCUUAAAAUUGUUGGCUUCUGUGUGCAAGUCAGCUGACAUGGUAGCAACCAAAGAUUCCAGUUUUUAAGCAUAUGAAAGACUGCCUGCUUACUGUGCUAGAAUUAACAGCAUCUAAAAGUGAAGAUUUGAGAAAAACUUAGUGACUACUAGAUUUAUCCUUAGGACUCUGCAUUAACUCUGUAAUGUUCUUGGUAUAAAAAAGAAAAACAACAUAUUCGUCACAGAAAUUUAGUUAACAUCUUACAACUAAAUCUGUAUGUAAGUUGCUUAGAUCAAUGUAAUCACUGUAAACAUCUAUAUGACCUGAGAUUUUGUUUUUAUUUUGAAAUGGGAGCUUUUUUGUUUACAAGUUCAUUAAAAACUAAAAAAUGUUUCUGUAAAAAAAAAGUUUUUUUUUUUUUUUAAAAGAAAUGCCUUGCUAAUUCAUUGAUAGAAUCAAUAUCUCCCCAGUUUUUUUAAUAGACUACUUGAUGGCCAUUGUUAAAUAAGUCAUAUUCCUUUGCAAACCAUUUUAGAUUUAGUGUUGUACCUCUUUUUUUUUAAAAAUAAAUUUUGUAUUUUUUUUCCCUCAAGGGAGAAGGCAUUCUUGAUUUUUUUUUUUAAGUUCUUGCAUCAAUGCCUAGUAGUGCAACUGCAGGACUGGUGUUGGUAGCUCCAGUGUUGCCAUUGACUAAACAGCUGGACUGAUUUGUGUUGUUCCCUUUGAAAAUAAGAGUGGAAGAGUUAAAUGGUUUUGCAAACGAAGGGGAUUUUCUUUCAAAUUCUUAUGAAGUGGCUAUGACCAGAUUGUUUCUUGUUCUUAGAUUGCCUCACACUGUGGUGUUCUCAUGAUUACUGUCCCAAGUCCUCCAAGGCAGCCGGUGUGAGAGCUUUUUCCAGCUUAUUUGCUUGUUUUCUUUUUCUCUUUAUCUCUGACCCAGCGGGGGGAAAAUACUAUGAUUGCUGGUUAUCCUUUAAACAGUGUAAUUUAUUCAUUUAUAGCAUGUCAGAAUAAAUUAAAAAAAAAAAAAACAUUGUCUGAAAAUGCUACCAGAUGCCUAUGUGUAAAUGUGGUGUUUUGUACAUUAACUUUGUUAAGACUGUAAAUUUACACACGUUAAGGUUUAGUUUUGUGCCCUUUAAUUCCAGCUUAGUUUUGUUUGUUUGUUUUUUAAUUUGAAAACUGCCUUAGCAAUAAUUUCAUGAUUGCCAUAUUCAGCCAUUAAGGUAUAUAUAUAUAUAUAUAUAUAUAUCAGAACUUCAAUACUGCAAGCAUCUUAAUAAAUAAGCUCUUGGAGGUAGUCAGCUUAUUGUAAUGAAUCCUUUUUUUUUUUCUCCUAGCCUUUCUAGCUUGUUAUAGUGUUAGUUGCUUUAUUAAUAAACCCUUUCUUUGGUACUUUAGCUAGAAAUCACUCUCGUAAAGCUAUUUUUAAGUAUGAUUUGUGUAAAAAGAAAAAGAAAAAAGUUUAGCUUGGUUAAAGGUUUUACCAAGUUGAGCUUCCUCUGGCAAAUAUUUUCCAGUGCUUUCAUUUACUAUGCACUUAGACUAUGCACUUUUUCUGAAAUAUUUUUGUAACACUUAAACCUUUUUGUAUUUUUGCCAUUUGAAAAGGUUGUGGUGUAGUCCGUUUGUAAUUAAGUUACAGAUUUAAGACUGUUUAGCUUUGUAAAUCAAAAUGUAGGUAUUUGUCCUGAGUGUAUUGUCAUUCCAUCUGCAGCUGGAGCUGGAAUCCCAUUCAUCUUCUAGCUAGCAUUCCUUUUCUUCACAGUUUGACAAAAGAAGAAUUUGAAAUUCAGUGAAUGCACUAACAAAUCCUGACUGGAGAGGAAUCUCGUUUGAACAAAAUAUAAAUUACGCUUUUCCACUAAAAUGAUGGUACAAGUUGAAGACAAGACACUGAAAUUGGACAACCUGACCACUUAUGACUCCACAGUGGUUCACUCAGCUGAACUCUAGGUUAUUCCUUCUUUGUUCACCCAUUGGAGGUGCUGUUUAAAAAAAUGUUGGGAGAUGGCCAUUCUAACUAUUGUUUGAAUGUCUCUGUUUGGGAAAAAAUAACAAGGAAAUAAAAGUGGAGGGAGAGUCUGGUUAUCUCUUCCCCAUAUUAUUGUGGAUAUGA